CGGCACAAUCUAAACUUCUUUCGAUCAUGCUCAGUGCCUUCCGCAUGUCUGCCUCCCGAAGACUCUCCCAGAUUACCGCCCAGACGCGCAGCGCGUCAAGUGGAACCAUGAAAGAGGCCGUUGUAGCCAAAGGCCCAAAGGUCACAAUACGGGAUGUGCCCAUACCAAAGCCAGGGCCAUAUCAGGUCGUGACAAAGGUCAUCUACAGUGGCUCAAAUCCCAAAGACUGGAAACGACCACAGUUCAUGCCCGACGCGGAACCUGUAAACCAAGGCGACGACAUUGCAGGAAUCGUCCACGAAGUCGGCGAGCAUGUAUCCGAGUUCAAACCUGGCGACAGAGUGUUUGCCUUCCACGAGAUGAUGAAGCCUGGGGGCAGUUACGCGGAGUAUGCUCUUUCCUGGUCUGCGACAACAGCACACCUUCCAGCCAACAUCUCUUUCCAAGCUGGUGCCGCGAUCCCACUCGCAGCCUUGACUGCAGCCGUCGGACUCUUCGCCCGGCUUCAGCUGCCAUCGCCCUUCACUCCUCCCUCGGCCGCCAGCAAUAAAGCCUCGAACGACUCUCGUCCUCCCACGCCUCUUAUCAUAUACGGAGCAGCUUCCGCCGUGGGCUCCUAUGCUCUGCAGCUAGCUCUCCGAGCCAACAUUCAUCCUUUGAUAUGCGUAGCCGGCAAAGGCAUACCGCACGUGGAGAGCUUCAUCGAUCAAAGUAAAGGUGAUACAAUCGUCGAUUAUCGGGACGGCAACGAAGCCGUUGUAAAAGCAUUAAAGGCUGCAGCGGACAAGCACGGAGGCAAAAUAGAAUACGCGUUCGAUGCUGUCUCAGAAAAGGGAAGUGUAGAGAAUCUUGGUCAUGUCUUGGACCAGGAAACUGGUCGAGUCACAUUCGUUCUGCCUGGCAAGAAAUACGAUUUGCCGGGCAAGAUCAGGCAGUCUUUGACAACUGUGGGAAGUGUUCACGGCUUCCCAGAUGAUCUGAAAGACUUUGGGCAUGUGUACUUCCGCUACCUCGCAAAAGGGCUGGAGGAAGGCUGGUUCAAAGCUCAUCCUCAAGAGGUCGUGCCCGGUGGCCUACAGGGUGUGGAGACUGCGCUGAGCAAUCUGAAACAAGGGAAGGCGAGUGCUGUGAAAUACGUUUUCAGGAUUGCUGACACGUCAGGUCUGGAGGGACAUGAGAAGCAAUAGUCGAUGUCGCAUUUCCGACUCAAUAAAUGCAAUGGCCC